AUGGUCGUCGCCGCCUUGAAGCCGCAAGACGUGCAGAAACUGACCGUGGUUAAACUUCGAGCAGAACUCGAAAAGAGAAAAUUAGAUUCCUCGGGAACGAAGCCGAUUUUAGUCGCGCGAAUGAAAGAGGCUUUGGAGGAGAGAGAUGAAGAAGAAGAAGAAGGAAAAGGCGGCAAGGAUGCAGACGCUAAAGAGAGGGUGAAGAGCGAGGAGGCAGAGCAGACUCCCGCGACGGAAGAAGAAGAUGCGAAAGGAAACGAGUUGGAGACGACGACGACGACGUUUGAAAACAAAGAAGAAGAAACUACUACUACUACUACUACUAAUGACGACGAGAUAAUGGACCCGGCUCCUUCUGUUGAAACGGACGAGGACAUUGACCCAGCGUUUGACGCGCACUACGACGGCGCGAAUCCAAUCGUGAAAUCAAAUAGAUUGACGAACGCUCGAAAAAUUCUUCGGAGAAACCCGUACGACGCGACGGCUUGGGACGUGUUCUUCGUCGAGGCGAGAGGGAGGCCGUCCGUGGCGAAGGAUGUGUUCGAAGAGAUUUUGCGAUACCAUCCGAGAUGCGUGAACGCGUGGAUCGCGUACGCGCAAAACGCGAUGGAGAAGAAAGACGACGAGGCGGUUUCGGAGAUUUUCUCGAGGUGUUUGCGGGACGUUUUGGCGCCAGAGUUGUGGUUGGUGUACGUGAACUACGCAAAAGCGACGAAUGAGAACGGGACGACAGAGGAAGGAGCGAGAGCGAUUAAAGCGGCGUUUGAAUAUUGUGUAGAUCACGUGGGAGAAGACGUGGAGAGCGGUAAGAUUUGGGAGGAAUACGUUGAUUUCGUAAAAGGAGUGAGCCCGGGAUUUAUUGCGGUACGUUUAUUGAAUUUUGAAAAUUUUGUUCUUGUUGGUGAAAACGCCGGUGCAACAGAGCGACCAAACUUCGUGGCACGUGAUGAGUUAUAA